GAGUUGGGACUGAAUGAAGAUGAUACUUUUGCUAAGGGGCCUACACUGACUGUAUAUAAAGAGUCUUUUGAAUCUCAGUUUCUUGCUGACACAGAAAGAUUCUAUACAAGAGAGAGCACUGAAUUUUUGCAACAGAAUCCAGUUACAGAAUACAUGAAAAAGGCAGAAGGCCGUCUUCUGGAGGAACAGCGUAGGGUUCGGGUAUACCUACAUGAGAGCACGCAAGAUGAACUAGCACGGAAAUGUGAACAAGUACUAAUUGAAAAACACUUAGAGAUCUUUCAUACAGAAUUUCAGAACCUGUUAGAUGCUGACAAAAAUGAAGAUUUGGGUCGCAUGUAUAACCUUGUGUCUCGUAUUCAGGAUGGCCUUGGAGAACUGAAAAAACUUUUGGAAACUCACAUUCAUAAUCAGGGUCUAGCUGCCAUUGAAAAAUGUGGAGAAGCUGCAUUAAAUGAUCCAAAAAUGUAUGUACAAACAGUGUUGGAUGUUCAUAAGAAAUACAAUGCACUAGUCAUGUCUGCUUUCAACAAUGACGCUGGGUUUGUUGCAGCUUUAGACAAGGCUUGUGGUCGCUUCAUAAAUAAUAAUUCAGUGACAAAAAUGGCCCAGUCAUCUAGUAAAUCUCCAGAGUUGUUGGCACGGUAUUGUGAUUCUUUGCUAAAGAAAAGCUCAAAGAAUCCAGAGGAAGCUGAGCUUGAAGAUACACUUAACCAAGUGAUGGUGGUCUUCAAGUACAUUGAAGACAAAGAUGUAUUUCAAAAAUUCUAUGCCAAAAUGCUGGCAAAGAGGCUGGUCCACCAGAAUAGUGCUAGUGAUGAUGCUGAAGCAAGUAUGAUCUCCAAACUGAAGCAAGCUUGUGGCUUUGAGUACACAUCCAAACUUCAAAGGAUGUUCCAAGAUAUUGGUGUAAGCAAAGACUUGAAUGAGCAGUUCAAAAAGCACCUAUCCAAUUCGGAGCCAUUGGAUUUGGACUUCAGCAUACAGGUUCUAAGCUCUGGAUCUUGGCCCUUUCAAAUGUCUUGUGCAUUCGCUCUCCCAUCAGAGCUGGAGCGCAGUUAUCAGAGAUUUACUUCUUUCUAUGCAAGUCGUCACAGCGGAAGAAAAUUAACAUGGCUAUAUCAGCUAUCCAAAGGGGAACUAGUUACCAACUGCUUCAAAAACCGAUACACACUACAGGCAUCUACAUUUCAAAUGGCAAUCUUGCUGCAAUAUAACACAGAAGAUGCCUACACGGUUCAGCAGCUGACAGAUAGUACUCAGAUAAAAAUGGAUAUUUUAGCACAAGUACUUCAGAUUUUAUUAAAGUCAAAAUUGUUGGUUUUGGAAGAUGAAAAUGCAAAUGUUGAUGAAGUGGAAUUGAAGCCAGACACUUUGAUGAAAUUGUACCUUGGCUACAAAAACAAAAAAUUGCGAGUGAAUAUAAAUGUGCCAAUGAAGACUGAGCAGAAGCAAGAACAGGAAACAACACACAAGAAUAUUGAGGAAGACAGGAAGCUACUCAUCCAGGCUGCUAUCGUAAGGAUUAUGAAGAUGAGAAAAGUCCUUAAGCAUCAGCAGUUGCUUGGAGAAGUACUUACUCAGCUGUCAUCGAGAUUCAAACCACGAGUCCCAGUAAUAAAGAAGUGCAUUGAUAUUCUAAUAGAGAAGGAAUACUUGGAGCGUGUGGAUGGUGAAAAGGACACGUAUAGUUAUUUGGCUUAACAGUUUUUAUCAGCUGUCUGUGUCACCCUUAAAUAGUAACAAGUUUGAAAGAGAAUGGAACUUGUUGGUCUGCUGCCCUCUGGAUCUCUGUUUUUAUAACUAAGACCAGGGCUACCAUCUGCCUGUCCUGGAAUUACGUCAGACCUGCUCAGGCUUGAUACAUUUCAAGUUUGUAAACAUGACCACCAAAGCCAUCUAAUCUAAGAACAGAAUGGAAUCUGAAACCUUCUCCACUGGAGGGUGCAUGCUACUACAUUUAAAUCAAUACAUUGGCUAUACAAAGAAAAGCUGUUGCCCCAGGCAGCACAUACAUGUUGGCAGCACUUUGAGAGACUGAUUUGGGCACAUGUGAAAUAUGCUAUGAAAAAUCAUAUGUAUAGUGUGUUUCAUUUUUUAAUGUGUGAUAAAAAAAUAAAAUUUCUGUACAAGUUGCAUUUGGUUUUAUUGUUAAGUUACAUGAUUUUAUCUUUCUUAAAUUUAAAUAAAAGGAACAAUGAUUGUGAAAACCA